AUGACGAUUUACAAGGAGGAGACGGAGGCCCAGGGAGGGGAGGAUCUGAUGCCACAGGGCACAGUGGCGGGCUGGGACCCACAUGAGAAGUCAGUCGUUCUGCGCCGGGCUGGGUCGGUCUCCAGCAGCCCCCUCCUACCUCCCGGGAAAGAGCGCCGCCCUCUGCCCUCCAGGCGAGCCGCCGUGGUGACAAGUGCAGCCGUGGAGGUUCCCAUGUGCCCGCUCCUCCGCGUCACCCCAGCCCCCACGCCUGCACACCUGUCAGAGCCAGCACAAAGGGGGAAGAUCCCCCUGCGGGUGCUGGUGUCAGACAGCGGAGGAGGUGGCCCGGGGGCGGGGCGCGGCCAGUCCCGGCGCCGGGAGGAAGUGCCGGCCCCCUGCCUGGACUCCCGGGCGAGUCCUCCCGCGGGUCGGGCCAUGGAGGCGGAGCCGCCGCUCUACCCGGUGGCGGGGGCCGCGGGGCCGCAGGGCGCUGAGGACCGGCUCGGAGUCCCCGACGGGCCCGAGGCCCCGGUGAGCGGGGAGGCGGAUGUGGGAUGCGGCCCCGGGGGGCGGGGGCAGCGGGGCUGGACGCGGGAGCGGCCGGGAUGUGCCUUUGCGAGCGGCAGUGGUGCCCCGCAGCUGGACGAGCUGGUGGGCGCGUACCCCAACUACAACGAGGAGGAGGAGGAGCGCCGCUACUACCGCCGCAAGCGGCUCGGCGUGCUCAAGAACGUGCUGGCGGCCAGCGCGGGCGGCAUGCUCACCUACGGCGUCUACCUGGGCCUCUUGCAGAUGCAGCUGAUCCUGCAUUAUGACGAGACCUACCGCGAGGUGAAGUACGGCAACAUGGGGCUGCCCGACAUCGACAGCAAGAUGCUGAUGGGCAUCAACGUGACGCCCAUCGCGGCCCUGCUCUACACGCCGGUGCUCAUCAGGUUUUUUGGCACCAAGUGGAUGAUGUUCCUGGCUGUGGGCAUCUAUGCCCUCUUUGUCUCCACCAACUACUGGGAGCGCUACUACACGCUUGUGCCCUCAGCCGUGGCCCUGGGCAUGGCCAUUGUGCCCCUUUGGGCCUCCAUGGGCAACUACAUCACCAGGAUGGCCCAGAAAUACUAUGAGUACUCCCACUACAAGGAGCAGGAUGAGCAGGGCCCCCAGCAGCGCCCACCACGGGGCUCCCAUGCACCUUACCUCCUGGUCUUCCAAGCCAUCUUCUACAGCUUCUUCCACCUGAGUUUCGCCUGUGCCCAGCUGCCCAUGAUCUACUUCCUGAACCACUACCUGUAUGACCUGAACCACACGCUAUACAAUGUGCAGAAUUGCGGCACUAACAGCCAGGGCAUCCUUCUCGGCUUCAACAAGACGGUUCUGCGAACGCUACCGCGGAGCCGAAACCUCAUUGUGGUGGAGAGCGUGCUCAUGGCGGUGGCCUUCCUGGCCAUGCUGCUGGUGCUGGGCCUGUGCGGAGCCGCAUACCGGCCCACGGAGGAGAUCGACUUGCGCAGCGUGGGCUGGGGCAACAUCUUCCAGCUGCCCUUCAAGCACGUGCGCGACUUCCGCCUGCGCCACCUCGUGCCCUUUUUCAUCUACAGCGGCUUCGAGGUGCUCUUUGCCUGCACUGGUCUCGCGCUGGGCUACGGCGUGUGCUCGGUGGGGCUGGAACGCCUGGCGUACCUCCUCGUGGCUUAUAGCCUGGGCGCCUCGGCCUCCUCAGCCCUGGGCCUGCUGGGGCUGUGGCUGCCACGGCCGGUGCCCCUGGUGGCUGGGGCUGGACUGCACCUGCUGCUCACUCUCAGCCUCUUCUUCUGGGCCCCCAAGCCCCGGACCCUGCAGCACAUCUGGAUCCUCUACGCAGUAGCCGUGCUCUGGGGUGUGGGCAGUGCCCUCAACAAGACUGGGAUCAGCACACUCCUGGGAAUCCUGUAUGAGGACAAGGAGAGGCAAGACUUCAUCUUCACCAUCUAUCACUGGUGGCAGGCUGUGGCCAUCUUCACCGUCUACUUGGGCUCAAGCCUGCCCAUGAAGGCUAAGCUGACGGUGCUGCUGGUGACGCUGGUGGCGUCCGCCGCCUCGUACCUGUGGAUGGAGCAGAAGCUGCGGCGGGGCGUGGUCCCGCGCCAGCCCCGCAUCCCGCGGCCCCAGCACAAGGUGCGCGGCUACCGCUACCUGGAGGAGGACAACUCGGACGAGAGCGACGCGGAGGGCGAGCGCGGCGGCUGCGGAGGCGGCGGCCGGGGGGACUGCGCGGAGGAGGAGGCGCCGCCCGCGGGGCUACGACCCGGCCCGGAGCCAGCCGGUCUCUACCGCCGGCCCUGCCCCUACGAACAGGCGCAGGGAGGCGAUGGGCCAGAGGAGCAGUGAGGGACCAAGCGUGAUCUCCGGCCUAGGUUUAACGCGUCUCAGGUCGGGGCCCCUCUGAUUCCGCGCGCCAAUUUCAUGAAGGACCCUCUGCGCGCCCCGCCCCGGGUUCAGGAACGCCCCUCCCAGAGCCUGGCCACCUGGAGCUUGGGAUCCUCCCCGCAGCCUCUUCCAAGGCGGGCUGGGUCCUCGAGACCCCUCCGCCAGGCCCAGGGUUCAAGAGACCGCACAGCGGAAAUCCUCCUCUGACCUUAGGGGUCCUCUCUCCACGACCCCCUUCCCGGCCCCAACCCCGGGGCAGGGACCCCGCCGUCCCUCCCCAGCUCCCGGCUCCAGGUCUGGGCCGAUCGACGUGUCGCCUGCUUUGCACAUUCUAUCCCACGGUCCGCCAAGAUGUACGACUUUAAGAAAAUGGACAAUAAAGAGAUUUUUGUAUUUUCCUGA